AUUAAUUGAUACGCGAUCGAUUCGUCUCAUCAGUUCUUCAGGCAAUUCUUUUCCGUUUACGACGUUCAGCUUCCUGACUUAUCCAAUCUCUUAGAUUAUACGUUCACUUUGUAACACCGUAGUUCGAGGUCUAUUUUGCAAUAGGAAGACUAUACAAGGAUGAAAGAAACAAGCUAAGUAUGUUGGAAUGCUCCGACGGAUAUUUUAUAUCAGCUUAUAGAAUUUGGAGAAAUAUUAUCAUAGCGGGAAGACUCGAUGGUACUUUAGUUUUCGAAACAACGAUUUUCUUACUGAAAUUUUCGGAAAACAAGACACAAACAUUGGACGAUAAUUUGUCCGAAAUAACGAGCUGCGAAAGGUUCUACAAUUCGGACCUGAGCAAGAAGUGUUCACGUAUGUUCCUCAAUUGGUGAGUACUAUUUCCCAACGGUUGUUCCGUUUUUUUUUCGAAGUUGUAAAUAAUUAUUUGAUACAAUAGUAGUGGGAUUAGAAAAAGUUGGAGGUUGUCGUUAUGUGCACCGUAACGUAAAAUGCAAAUUGAAAAUUAUUUUUUUUUUUUUUCUUGUAACGCGGAAUUUAUAAAGUCUAGACAGUUGUUACAAAUUCAAUAAUAUCAUAGGUGUGUGGAUAGCGUAUUUUCGGAUGACAUACCACAGUAUUUAUUGCACAAGUUAUUUUUAGCGUUGUUAUAUUAGCUAAUAUGUAAAUUGGUGUUUUAUGAGGAUGCGGAAGUAGGAAUCGUACGUCAAAUCUUCUAAUAAUCCGGUAUGGACAAGAAAUUUCGUCACGUAUUUCAACUAUGCGCGUUCAAACGGAUUAUGUAUAGGUCAAACUAAUCCGUAUAUCAUUUGAAUUUCGCAAGACGAUCUUACGAUUCCGAACAAUAAUUUGGGAAAGAGAAAUACGAGAGAAAAAAAAUUUCGUUUAUUUUCAGAAUUUUCUUAGAGCAGCGUGGCCUUUCCCGGGUAGAAUAUUUAUGCCGCCUUUGGCUUACAGAAGAAUGCACAGCACACCGAAUCGUAGAGUACCGACUUCGAUAGCCCUCGAAUUGGCCGGUUUGCAUCCCGCAGUGAAAAGAAGUCAAUCUUUGUACGUUAACAGAGAGAUUUUGAGACGUAAACGUAAGCCGAAGACUUGGCCCACGAUAUUGAUCGAACGAUCUACACGAAUUUACGGCGAAAUACCGAGCGUGGCAGAUGAUAAUAUUCGAGGAUAUCAAGGCCGGACGACAAGGCCUGAUUACUUUUUCGAAAGAUCAGAGGUUGCGAUCUCCCCAAUAAUCGAUGAUAUAUUUAGAGGAAAACGUUAUUCUAUCAAAAAUUUAUUCAACGAUUUGUCGAUGAAAACGGUUUCGAAAAGUUUGUCGGGAUUCAGGUUCCGUCGCGACGCCAACUACGGCGAAGGGGACGUCGAGAAAUCGAACGACUCUCCGCAGACGGAGAAUAAUUACUCCAGAUUACUAAAAAUCCUGUCACGAGAUCGAGUGCACGGAAUAAGCGAAUACGAUGCGGAUAACGCGCGUGAUUUUCAUCGCAGAUCGAAACGCCACGUCGCCCGUGAGGAUAAAGAUUUUGGAGGAAAAGUUGAAGCUGAAGAAAAACCGAACAACGACGUUGACGGGGAAACUGAAGCUUCGCAAAAUAAGAGAGUUACCAGAAAACACAGGUACACACCAGUAUUCAAGGAAUGCAACGAUACGACAGCGGCCAGCGAAGUAGCCGAUCUGAACGCGCCACCGCCCCCGAAUCCGCCGCCCCAGCAAAGACGAGCAACUUUGACGGAUUAUUAUAGAAAUGGCGGAAACAUUCAAGACAUUGACUCAAAUUGGAAUAAAAAAACCCCACGCAAUCAAAACAAGUACGACGAUGAUUCGAAGAUUCCUCUGACCACGAUCCCCCCGGCUGUUGAGGAGGAGGACGAAGAAGAACCCGCUCAAAAGGAGGCGGUUUCGACCACGAAAAAUGAAACUUACAUCAACCUUCAAGAUCAUCAAAAAGAUGCGCAGGUUGGAACGGUGCCUAAAGAUUCGAAUGGCUACCCCGUAGAUAUUCCUGCCUAUAAUCCCGACGUCAUUCCCUACGUUGAUGUUCCGGACUAUUCGGAUCAAAGGGAAGAAAGUUUGGAUAAGGACGACAGGAAAGUUGCCAAGGAAAAAUACGUAGAGUACCCGGACGAAGAAGCAGAUGUGAUAGACCCGGGAUUGGUUCUGGCAAAUAAUGGAAAACGUUCGGAAAAGAUUAUCGUCCGUGACGAGGACGUUCAGGAGCCGGAAGAGGUGAAAGAAGAAAUUGAAGAAGAACGUGGAAGUGACGAAGAGGAAGCUGAAAAAUCACCGUUCACAAGUAUCGCUGAUGAAUCGGACGAGGACAAAGAAAAGGAAAACGAAGAAACAAUUUCGAAAAACGUUCGAUCCGAUGUUACAGACGAUACCUAUGAUUUUGGCCCGAUACAUUUCGAUAUAGAGGAAUACAGAAAACCGUUUAACCUCGAAGAACUGUUCAAGGAUAUUGAGAAGGAAGUUGAAGAGAAAAACGCGACAAAGGGAGACGUCAACGAACACCAGGGAAGCAAAAAUAUUCCUGUUCGCGGUGACAGUAAUGAAGCAAGAGGCUCGUACAAACCGUACUGGGACGACGGUGAUUUCAAGGCCUUCGAAAGUCCGCUGGUGAAAACACGAGGUGAUAAAUUAACCGAGAAAAACGUAGCUAAUAACGAUGAGAAAAAUUCACCGCAAGAUUCGACGCUCGUACCGCCGAAUUUCUUCGAAGAAUUUGACAGAGUCUUCGGUCCAGCCGCUUCCGACAAACCUUUUUUCGCCGAUUACUUCCGCGAAGACGACGAAGAGAAGGAGAAGGAAGAACGUCUUCCGGCUUCUUCUUCUUCUUCUUCGUUAAUUAAAAAUGACGACUAUCCUUACGGGGAUGAAAAUACUUACGAAAAUCUUUUCGCGACCGACGUUAACGGGAAGAAAUCUAAAUCGGAAUCCAAAACCACCAAGGACAACGACGACGACGACGACGUUUACUACAAGAAAUAUUCAGAUCACGACGUCGCUGAUUUCCUCGAGGAAAAAAAGGCAGAUGCCGAGGCUGAAGAGCCGUAUAAAACUCUCGCUACUAUUCUAGAUAAAAAAGAUGACAUUUCUAGACUCGACGAUGAAGUUUCCACCAAAGCUAAAAUGGAGGGUAAAGUACCGAAUAAAUACAAUAACUUCUGGACACUUGAAUACGGUAGUCCGGAUAGGUCGGAAAAAACUUAAUCAAGACAAAAA